AUGAAGGCUUUGGUAAGGGAUGGACUUCCAAAAUUCACAGAUGAUGAGAAGACUUUAAUUAAAAGAUCCUUCGACUUUAUUGGUAUCAAUUAUUAUACAUCCAAAUAUGCAACUACCGUAGCAUUUGAUAAAGAUGCAACCUUUUCUGCCUAUUCUGACUAUCAGUUUGCUACAAUCUCAGGAAUAUCUAAUCCAUCUUUCCUGGUUGUUGCAUUUGUCACAGCUGAGAAUAAAGAUGAGAAACGAGAUGAUACUAUUGCAGUAGAGACUACAUUACAAGAUGAUGUUCAGAUUCAGCAUAUUCUUGCCCAUCUUUAUGCCAUUUCAGUAGCCAUGAAACAGGGAGCAAACGUAAAUGGAUACUUCAUGUGGGCUUUAAUGGACUGCAUGGAAAUAGGGUCAGGCUACACUAUGCGGUACGGGCUUGCUUACACUAAUUACCUCAACAACUUGGACAGAAUCCUCAAGAAGUCUGCGAAAUGGCUCAAGGUCUUCUUGGCUAGCUAA